CGAUCUAUAACAUGAAUUUCUAUGGCACUAGUGAAAUAAAUGUGACGUGGCUCUAGGUUGCAUCCCGGAAGAAGGCAGCUUUAUUUGCGUAUGCCGAGAGGAGCUGGAGUGUCACUUGUACGUGAUUAAAAAAGAAACCCUAAUUUAAAGAAUAAGGAUGGUGACUGACGUCCAGCUGGCCAUCUUUGCCAACAUGCUUGGCGUGUCGUUAUUCCUGCUGGUUGUGCUCUACCAUUAUGUUGCUGUAAAUAACCCCAAGAAGCAGGAGUAGGUUUCACUACAAUGACCCGUGAAGUGAGAUAGUUGGAGUCCUAAUCUUCCCUUGUAGAAGAUGAAGUUCUGUUGCACCAUCCUUUUUUAAAUCUAUUAAAAAUGUCUGAAUUCAA